UCACACUAUGUAGCCCUGGCUGCCCUCCUGGAACUCACUCUGUAGACCAGGCUGGCCUCAGACACACAGAGAUCUGCCUGCCUCUGCCUCCCAAGUACUAGAACUAAAGGCAUGCACCAUCACACCUGGCUAGGACCAGGGUUCUGAUUCUAGUAUGACAAAAAUAUCAAAAAACCCUAAAGGCUAUAAGGGACUCUGUCUUAGCUCUGUUCUCCAGCAACCAACGUUCCUCCCUAAGGAAGACACGGACAGGAGUUUUGAGAGUCUUCUGUGGGGCGGCUUGUUUUCCCGCCGGUCUUGGCCUGGUAGUGUUUGCAGUUUUUGUAUCCAUACUGGGGAUUACAUACACAGGGCAUCUUUGGCCUUUGGGGGCUGAGAGCUGCUAAAGGCUACCAUCCCUGUGAGCAUCUGCCAUUGUUGCAAUCUUGGCCACCAACCCUGACCUCCAGGAGAUAACCCUCAGCUCCACCCCCACCUCCACCCUUCACCCCAACUCAGGAGUCAAGAGUAUAGGAAAGAGGCCUAUAAACAGCUAGUCCUACAAGUGAAAAAGGCCCACAACUGACAAUGCCAUGUGAGUUGUGUUGUAGGGGCCCUCUGCUGUGUUAGUAUCUCCUUUGGACAAGGAGUCUAUUGACUACUGUUCUUUGGGUCCCCAGGAUUAUCAGGCAGUCCUUAAAGAUCAUUGGCUUUGAAACUAUUUAGGUCUGAAUACUGCACCUUACUAAGUGUAAGGCUUCUGGGGGGGCAAUUCCUCAAACUUCUCAGCCUCAGUUUCCUUGCCUGUAAAAUAGGGAUAAAGACAGUGCCUGCGUAAUGGUAAGGAGGCUGUGGUGAGGCGGUGUGUGGCACAGGAGGCAUGCAAAUGACCUUGUAACAAUGAGUCUGGCAUGUGGCAACACUCCAUUAAAUGACAGUGUCCCUGCACGCCACCGUUGUCAGAUCGUGCCAAAGGAUGCUGAGUAGAAGCAGCUGGUGGAGGAGGAAGGGAUGACCUGAUGACCGUGGAGAUUCAUGGGGUGCGAAUCUUGACCUGGAGGGGCCGAGAGGCACACGCAAGUGUCCUUGCUUCUUGAGUGGCGAAUGUACAGUACCACGCUCCUGUGCCUUUGAUGGCACACUGUGGGAAGUGGACCCUCCCCCACCCUGCCACCCUUCUGCUUCUCUUCCCUUGCUCUGAAAAGAGAAGUACAUGAGUGAGUUCCCCCAAGGGGUCGGCCGCGCCCCUUCCUGUCUCCGCCCUGCUGGCUGCCCCAGGCCAGUAGACUGGUAGCCCGGGAGCAGGACAGCAGGUUGGCGCUGAAGGAGGCCUGGGCUCUGAGAGCCUUCCUUGAGGCUCAGCCCUAGAGUUUUUCGUGUGCCUGCCCAGACCAGGCUGUUCCCUCCACAUUUUCUGCAGCCAACCCAGCAAGAGCCCCAGGAUGGUGAGGUGGUUUCACCGCGACCUCAGUGGGCCUGAUGCAGAGACCUUGCUCAAGGGCCGGGGAGUCCCUGGGAGCUUCCUGGCCCGUCCCAGUCGCAAGAAUCAGGGGGACUUCUCCCUCUCAGUCAGGGUGGAUGACCAGGUGACCCAUAUUCGGAUCCAGAACUCGGGGGACUUCUAUGACCUCUACGGAGGGGAGAAGUUUGCGACGCUGACAGAACUGGUGGAGUAUUACACCCAGCAGCAGGGCAUCCUGCAGGAUCGCGACGGCACCAUCAUCCACCUCAAGUACCCGCUGAACUGCUCGGACCCCACCAGCGAGAGGUGGUACCAUGGCCACAUGUCUGGAGGACAGGCAGAGACACUGCUGCAGGCCAAGGGCGAGCCCUGGACGUUUCUUGUGCGUGAGAGUCUCAGCCAGCCUGGCGAUUUCGUACUCUCUGUGCUCAAUGAUCAGCCGAAGGCCGGCCCCGGCUCCCCACUCAGGGUCACUCACAUUAAGGUUAUGUGUGAGGGUGGACGCUACACCGUGGGCGGCUCAGAGACCUUUGACAGCCUCACAGACCUGGUGGAGCACUUCAGGAAGACGGGGAUCGAGGAGGCCUCGGGGGCCUUUGUCUACCUGCGGCAGCCUUACUAUGCCACUCGGGUAAAUGCAGCAGACAUUGAGAACCGGGUCUUGGAACUCAACAAGAAGCAGGAGUCAGAGGACACGGCCAAGGCUGGCUUCUGGGAGGAGUUUGAGAGUCUGCAAAAGCAGGAGGUCAAGAAUUUGCACCAGCGCCUGGAAGGCCAGCGGCCGGAGAACAAGAGCAAGAACCGCUAUAAGAACAUUCUCCCCUUCGACCACAGCCGAGUGAUCCUGCAAGGACGCGACAGUAACAUCCCUGGGUCUGACUACAUCAAUGCCAACUAUGUUAAGAACCAACUGCUAGGUCCGGAUGAGAACUGUAAGACCUACAUCGCCAGCCAGGGCUGCCUGGAGGCCACGGUCAAUGACUUCUGGCAAAUGGUCUGGCAGGAGAACACCCGCAUCAUCGUCAUGACUACCAGGGAGGUGGAGAAAGGCCGGAACAAGUGUGUCCCAUACUGGCCAGAGGCGGGCACGCAGCGCGUCUACGGGCUCUACUCCGUGACCAACAGCAAAGAGCACGACACCGCGGAGUACAAACUUCGCACCCUGCACAUCUCCCCGCUGGACAACGGCGACCUGGUUCGGGAGAUCUGGCACUACCAGUACCUGAGCUGGCCUGACCAUGGGGUCCCCAGUGAGCCCGGCGGUGUCCUCAGCUUCCUGGACCAGAUCAACCAGCGGCAGGAAAGUUUGCCUCACGCGGGGCCCAUCAUUGUGCAUUGCAGCGCUGGCAUCGGCCGUACAGGUACCAUCAUCGUCAUUGACAUGCUCAUGGAGAGCAUCUCUACCAAGGGGCUAGACUGUGACAUUGACAUCCAGAAGACCAUCCAGAUGGUACGGGCACAGCGCUCUGGCAUGGUGCAGACAGAGGCACAGUACAAGUUCAUUUACGUGGCCAUCGCCCAGUUCAUUGAAACAACCAAGAAGAAGCUGGAGAUCAUACAAUCCCAGAAGGGCCAGGAGUCGGAGUAUGGGAAUAUCACCUACCCUCCCGCUAUGAGGAGUGCCCACGCCAAGGCCUCGCGUACAUCCUCCAAACACAAAGAGGAGGUGUAUGAAAAUGUGCACAGCAAGAACAAGAAGGAAGAGAAAGUGAAGAAGCAGCGGUCCGCAGACAAGGAGAAGAACAAAGGUUCCCUCAAGAGGAAGUGACCUGGGCAUUCGUCCACAAGUGGCCACGCAUCAGCCUUAACCCCUGCAGAGGCCUCCACUGGACAGAUCAAGACCUGCCGCCCACACCAGAACCUAGGACCACCCCCAUCCUCUUGUAAUUUAAGUGACUAUGGUCCUCUGAACCUGUAUAUAGCUCAGCAAGUCCUCAGGCAGAGCCAGACCCUCCUAUUUUUGUAAAUAAAGCCCCCGGACCACCGUGUGUUGCCUCCAA